CUGGCAUGCAGGCGUUACCCUUCCGACAGGCACAUUUACCGUCCGCAUCUGGCCUGCAUAGUCCGGUAUCACGCUCGUUACGAGCUUGUAUCGUGUCCAAAUGGUUGCAGUCCCGUGGCUUAUCUACGACAGCCCCAAAACCACAGCAGGGAGCGAUACCACUCCGCAAACACCUCAAGGAUGAGGCCAAGCGCAAGAAGGCCCAAGACAAAGCCAAUGCUAGCAAAAAUCUCAAGCGGGACUCACGGCUGGACAAAUGGGAGCUUACAGUCGGGAUCGAGAUCCACGCGGAGUUGAACACAUACCAGAAGCUCUUCUCGCGAGCUUCUGCUUCACAUGUCGCAGACAAUGGCCAUGCUGCCAACAGUAGAGUGGCACCAUUCGAUGCUGCACUUCCUGGAACGCAGCCUCGUUUCCAAUCCGCGACCCUGCUCCCUGCCGUAAGAGCAGCUCUAGCCCUGGAAUGCCAGAUACAGCGUGUCAGUGGGUGGGAUAGGAAGCAUUAUUUUCACUGGGAUCAGCCGAACGGCUACCAGAUCACGCAGUACUAUCGUCCAUUUGCCAAAGACGGGCAUCUCGAGCUAUCGGCUUCAGAUGGCGUCCCGGCUGCGGAUCUUGGCGAUGCAGACCACCUUGUAAUUGGCAUCAAGCAGAUACAGAUGGAGCAAGAUACUGCCAAGACGACACACCACCCGCCAUCAACGUAUCACGUAGAUCUGAAUAGAGCCGGUGUGCCACUUGUUGAGAUCAUCACUUUGCCUCACAUACAUUCUCCGCAGGCUGCUGCAGCCGUUGUGCGGAAGAUCCAGGCUAUUCUACGAAGUGUCGGCGCGUGUGUGACCGGGAUGGAGCUCGGCGGGUUGAGGGCUGAUGUUAACGUAUCUGUUCGGCAACAUGGUACUGAGGGCACAGGGUCAAGCUACAGCGGAGUCCGCGGGCUCGGUCAGCGCACUGAAAUCAAGAAUCUAUCCUCCUUUAAGGCAGUGGAGGAUGCUGUCGUAGCCGAGCGUGACCGCCAGAUAAGUGUGCUUGAGGCAGGCGGUAUGAUCGAAGGCGAGACCAGAGGAUGGACGCUUGGUGCAAGUGAGACUACGAAGCUGAGAGGCAAGGAAGGCGAGGUCGACUACCGAUACAUGCCUGAUCCUGACUUGCAACCAUUGGUCAUUGGUCAGGAUCUGGUUGAUCAUCUGCGUACUACUCUGCCUACUCUCCCAAAUGAACAAGAGCGCCGUUUGCGGGAGAACUACGGUCUCACUGCCAAAGAUGCUAAGACUCUUGUUGAACUCGAUAGUGGUGAGAGAGUUGAUUUCCUCGAGGACACCGUAGAGUGUAUGAUGGCGCAGAUCGGCGUGGAUGGAGACGACCGAGUACGCGUGUUCGGACGUCUUGCUUCGAAUUGGACUCUGCAUGAGCUUGGUGGUCUUCUAUCAACAACCGAGACUAUCUGGCAGGAAUUGACCAUUGCGCCCACGGAGCUUGCGGACAUUCUAGUGGCCUUGCACAGCAAGCAGAUCACGUCGCGAGGGGCGAAGCAGUUGCUCGCCACAUUGUUCGACCAUGCACCGGCACCCAGUGAUGGUCUUUUGGCAAAUGCAGAUGCUCGGCCUACCGUGAGUCAGCUUAUCGAGACGCUGGGCCUGCAAUUGCGGCCCUUAUCAGAGCAGGAUUAUGAAGAGCUGGCGAACGUCAUUAUGGAAGAGAACCCGGACAUGGUCAAGGCGGUAAAGGAGAAAGGUCAAAAGGGCAAGUUGAUGUGGUUCGUCGGGCAAAUGGUUCGACGUGGUGAAGAGCGCACGAUCGAACCGGAGAAGGCUAGGGAAGUAGUUGAGCGCUUGAUGGGUGGCUGAGAUCCCAAAGAAAGGAUGUUGUCGGUGUCUUCAAAUCUUGCUCUUCCAAGACGCUGCCAUUCCAGACUUAUACCUAGUACAUUCACUGGCACGAUCCUGCAUGCAACCCUACAAGUGGCCGAGGGGUUUCAAUCUGCAAAAGCGCCAGAACGAGGUCUGCAAUGAAUUGUUACACUUGAGAGAUAGCUGUUUG